AUGACGGUAGAACGGGUCGACACGUUCUACGACCUGGACACCAUCUACAGCACCAUCGAGCGGAUGCUGAUACUCAUCCGCCAGCUGUCCGGGGUGUCCCGGUUAGGAGAAAAUGGCCGCUCCCUGUCGUUCGAGCUGCAGUGGAUGAACGCCAUCGACGAGCGGAAGUACCAGAUCGAGGAGCUGCGCAGCUCGGUUCAGUAUCUGUUCGGUCAGUUCCGCAAGAUCUACCUCGUCAACAAGGACCUCUAUGCGCAGCUGAAUAAGCGCGGGGGGCGUGUGUUCGAGCUGGAGAAGACGAUCGAGGCGCAGGGAGACAGCAAGUGUCUGUACUUCUUGGCCGACGCGAUCAAGUACGAGCCGGCCCUGCUAGCGAUGCAGCGCGUUCUCGAUCGGACGAUGCGUGAAAUUAGAAUCUUCCGAACGCAGCGCAACCAGCACAAGCUGGAACUGUGCAUUGGUCACAUCCGGUGCGAGAACUACGACAAGGUGUACGAUGAGUACUGCUCUUCAGAGAGUGGCCUGCAGCAGCUGCCCCGGAUCAUUGAGGCGGUGUUCGAGCGUGACAUGAAGAACCUGAUGAAGAUCCUGCUGUUUCUCGUCGGCUACCGGAAACUCAACAAGGCCAACUCGGCCGAAACGUUCGUCAGCGGGUGUGAGUUUCUCGUGCAGCAUCUGCGGGAGUGUGGCGAUCUAGCCGAUCAUCCCCAAUGUUUGCUGAUAUACGGCUUCGUGGUGGAUGCCCUCCAGGAGCGACCGGAGUUGUCCGUGGCUUCCCUGCUGGAGGACGUUUUCCGUCAUCGACUCGAAACCGUCCGUACGGCGUUGGUUGGUUCCGUCCAGCGCACGGUGCGUCUCAUCCAAACCGAUCCAUCCGCGACUGCCUCGCUCGGUCGUCUGGCACACCAUUUGGCCGACGAGAUCCUCAUCGAGCUGCUGAAGCGCGCCUACGAUGGUGACGUACGCAACCUGUCCAACAUUCUCCGCUUCGUGGCGCAUCUUUCCCGCAUCGAUCACGACAUCGUCGCCUAUCAAGUCCUUUACGCGCAGAUGGAACACUACGACCACCUCGAUCGACCGGAGGUGUUCCUGCUCGCCUAUCGGAUCAAGCGGACCAUGCAAGCACCCACCUUCCCCACGGCGGGCCUUCGAGGAGAUUUGGAGCGUCUCAAGGCCACCUUACCACCGAUCGUGGUGUCAAUCAUGUGGAAAACAGUCACGAUCGCCCGCCACGAGUCACGCAUCCUUCUGAAAUUCAGCGCCGUCGGUCGAGACGUAGGAUUUUCCCGCUACACCGCCGACAAAAACCGGCUCGAGUUGGAACCGUUGGAGGACGGUGCCUGCUUCCGAAUCCGAGGGCUCGCCAUCAACGGAUACCUCGGGGAAAGUGGCACCGGAGCGCCAAUCGUUGCGCCGAAAUCGGAUAGCCUUUCUAAUGCCAAGUUCCGCUGGCGACUGGUUCCGGUGCAUGGAUUCGAGUACUUUCGUGUGCAGAACGCUGCCAGCGGGGCCAUUCUGUACUCGCGCGUCCCAAGCGACGAGACCGGCUACGAUUUCUACAACAGCCAGGAGGUGCUGCAACUGACGGGAAGCGAGAGGAUAUUGACGGCCCAGAAUAGUUAUUGGAAAAUCACGGAAUAUCCCCGACGAUCGGGCAGUGGCAGCAGUGGUGGAAGUGGUGCUGGCGACUCCGAGUGCUGUAUUCUUUGA